UAGAAUGGAAGAGAUCUCGUCUAUCGCCUACUGAAACUGCUGUCAGUCCGAAGAGUGAUGGACUCAAACGGCGGCCUGAUGCAGAGGAAACCACAACAGACUCGGAAGCGUACGAUGAUGACGAUCGCCCUUCAAAAGAGCCAGAUCCUUCCAGUCCUCCACCUGCGGAAACCAGGAAACCAGAAUGGAGUUCCCAAGAGCCACUGGAUCUUCACCAUCGAAAUGGAGCCCCUUCUCCAGUUGAAAGCCAGACACAUGCGAGUGAGAUUCGACCUUUUGACUUGCACAAAAAGAAAUCACCAAUAGAUAUUUUAGCGCGAGUGUUUCCGAGAGAAAACCGGAGUAUUCUGAAUGUAGUUUUACAGAGAAAUGGAGGAGAUGUUCUUCAAGCCAUAGAUGAUCUCCUGAGCACGAAAGAGCCUGAUGCAGAGAAGACAACGAAUGAUGCUUCUUCUGAGGCCGCUAGUCCUAGUGCUUCACCUUUAUCUAGAAUACCUAGUCCGCGUCAAACCAACCAUCUUGGAGAACCAGCUUCUUUACCGGGAUUUUCAACUCCACCCAACUUUUUUUCUUCUGGACCAUCCUCUAACUUGGCUAUGACUGCAGGUGGCUUACCUUUCCGUAGACCGUAUUCUUCUUCUCCAGGGUCUCGCGGUUUAUUGACCGUGCCCACUUAUUCUGGGUUUUUCCCUGGAAUUGCUCCAACAUUUACUCCGGGUUACCCGAACUUUUUUGGGACUUCUUUAUCAACCAGUACUUCCACGGGCCCAGAUGACAGUAAGAAAAAAGGUGGGGAAUGCUGGCCGACAUGUGGCAAUCCUUCUCCGCAAGAUCUUUCUUCCCCUGACACAAAGAGCCCAAACGGAUUCGCUGAAUAAGUCCCGUUUUCAUUUUUAAAGAAAAAUGUACUGCCCCAAGAGAUAUUUUAAACGAUAUGUAAAGAGAAUCCAAAAAUGAUGCGAAAAUUGCAGAGUGGCAAGAUUGUUCAUUUUAUUAAUAAUUUUGUCAGAAACAUAUCAUGACAAAGGUUUACAUUUUGGGAUGAGUUUCUCUUAACUGUAUUUUUUCACAUGUGCAUAAUAUUGACUGCUACUGCUCACUCUAAAAUGAAGCCUGGACAAUUAUGAUAAGAAUAUAACAGUUUCAAAUUAUCUGUGCUUCUUCUGCUAUUUAUGCAUAAAUACGGAUUUUUAACAUCCCAUUAUCAUCAUCAUUAUUUUGAAGGCAAGACUAAAAUUAUUUAUGAACAUUUGAAAGUCAAUUUUCUGUUACCCGUUCCGCUUCGGAAAAUAUCGACUUUCAUGAGAACACAAACUGUUAUAUUUUAUUUCAUCGCUGUGCAUAUUUGUAAAUUUGCAUGCAAUAUGACGCACAUGCAUUAAAAUGU